AUGCAGUGGAAGUCAUUCCUUUUGUUCGUUGCCAUUGCCGACUCGGGCCUGGCUCGCCUCCAUGGCCACCAGCGUCGGCACACACAUCAUCCCACUCAUCCGGAUUUGCAAGGCCCGAGGGCGGACCUGAAAGCCAGAGAUUUGGAAGUUAAGACCGUUGUCGACCUGGAUGUCGUCACCGUCACCACUACUAUUACCGGCCAGCCCGUGGCCGAAGCCCCGGCCCCAGCCUCCAGUAGCACCACUACCGCGGCGGCAGCAGCAGCCGAAAUCACCCCUGCUGAUACCCACGAAGAUGUGAUAAGCAUUGACCUCGGCGCCAGCAUCGGCGUCUCCAGUACUACCCCUUCUCUUAUCCCCAGUGCCGAGAGCAUCGCACCAACCAGCACCCCAGCGGCCAGCACCACCGUCUCAGGAGGAUCCACCAGCUGGACAUCCACUCCCUCCAGUGGAGAGUUCUCCACCAGUGGGUUCGGAGCGCGCACCAACUCCAGUGGUAGCGGCAUCGAGUACAGCGGCAACGUCGGCAGCCCCUGGGGCAGCAACAUCAUCGAAGUAAGCGCCAGUGCUGCAUACCAAUACCAGUAUGUCGUCCAGUUUACCGGCAGCAACACCGACGACUGGACCGUCGUUUUCUGGAACAAGAUCGGCCCCGAUGGUAAGAUGGACGGCUGGUACGGUCAUUCAGCUCUGAACUUCACCUUGGGCGCCGGCGAAACGAAAUAUGUCGCCUUCGACGAGGACUCACAGGGAGGCUGGGGUGCGGCGAAGGGCUCUUCGCUCCCGACAGAUGAUUACGGCGGAUACUCGUGCACCUGGGGAGAGUUCGACUUCGGAAGCACCAUCAAUGACGGCUGGUCUGGAUGGGAUGUCUCGGCUAUUCAGGCGCAGGCGGCUGGACAGAGCGUCCAGGGAAUGAAAAUCUGUAACCACAACGGAGAAACCUGCUCCACGAUCACUUCUGGGGCGUCAACGGUGACCAACGCGUAUACCAAGGCGGAGGCCUCGGUGGACGGCAUUGGUGGUUCGCUCAACACGGAUGCGGUGCGCUUAGUGGCUGUUGUGGAUUAUAGCGCAUGA